AUGAUCGUUUCUGCCUCGCGCUUCUCUCCUACUGCUCAUCUCCUUUCCGCCUCUCACCACUCCCACUUCCCCCUCCGCUCGCCCCACCCCUCCCCUCCUCUCGCAGGCAGCUCAUUGACUCACAGGCAGCUCCCCGUGGCCCUCAGUGACUCUCUUUCCCACCUCUCUCCUCACUCCCUUUCUCUCGUCCUUAUCCCUCAGCGCCCAAUACCCGAGCGCCUGGAGACUGUGUGUGUGCCGCACGCGGUAGCAGCAGUGCAUCAGCUCACCGGUCCCAUACCGCAGCGCCUGGAGACGGUGUGUGUGGCGCACGCGGUAGCAGCAGUGCACCAGCUCACCGGUCCCAUACCGCAGCGAUUGGAGACUGUGUGUUUAGCGCACGCGGUAGCAGCAGUGCAUCAGCUGACCGUGCGAGUGCUCUGGCUCACAGAUGAGCCGCCAGCAAGCCAACAACAGCCGCAGCAGCAGCAGCAGCAGCAGAGGCAGAGGGCGGGCAUGCCGUAUGUGCCGUUCUCUUCUCUGUUUGAGCCGGCGCUGACGGUGGUGGAGACGAAUCUGUCCGCUGCUGAUGCCACGAGGCGGUUCAUUCACGAGCUCUUCACUCCCAAGGCGCACCAAUACGGCCCGUGCUUCAGAGACACGUGGGAGCGCAUUCGGCGAGCAUCAGCACGCAAUGCCGCCUUCCCCCGCAGCUCCCCUGCUGACGCUGACUCAGACUCAGACCCCGCUGACUCGGAUUCCGACUCCGCUGACUCGGAUCCAGACUCUGCUGACUCAGACGGAGCCUCGGAUGCAGGGAGUGUGACGGGCGGCAGCGCACGCGGUAAAGGUACCGAGGAGGCUUAUAGCGAGGAUGACCCGGUGCCAGUGUCGAUGUGGACGGGUGAGCUGGACAGCCAGGAGGUGGCGGGGCGGCCCUUGGGAUUGCCGCGGAAGCUGACUCUGCAUGGCUGGUUUCGGACUGAUUCCGUUCAACGCAGCAGUGUGGAGGACUGGCAGGAGGAGCGGGUGGGAUGUCUCGUGUGGGCGCAUGUGCAGAAGUGCUAUGCGCGGCUGCACCCCUCGCCUGCGGUGGCUGCCAUGGUGCGAGAGGAGGAAGUCAACCAGACGCGUGUGGAGAGCAGCAUUGGCGUGUACCUGGAUGCCACUCCCCGAGGCACCUGCCCCGGCUGUCCCUCCUCUCUCAAUCCCGCCGACUGUGCCGCCCGCACGCUCGCCCUCACCAUGCUCCACCGCCCCUCCAUCGACUUCACGCUCGGCUCCGCCGCCCAGUCGCACCCAGCGCACAUCGUCUCUUUCUUUGAUGCCGACCGCGCGCCGUACGUGUCGCCGUCCGCCGCGUUCCGGGCGGCAAGCUGCGGAGAGAAGCUGGUGCAGGCGAUGGGGGAGAAGGGGGAGGGGGCGGCUGAGAGGCUGGCGGAAUUGGUGGUGACUUGCAAGCAGCGAGAGGUGGCCGAUCUAUUCCUCCUGGCUCAAACAACCGGCCUCGUGGUCAUGGAGCCAAGCACCCUGUCAGACUUCAUAGCAGCGAGGGGGAGGCGGCGCCUCCCCUCCUUCCGUCUCUUCACGCCUCUGUGCCUGGCGGAGCGAGCCUGGCCCAUGACCGUGCAGCCAUUCGCCUACUUCUUUGCUGUGGAACCAACCCUAGGCAUCGCCUACUGCAGCAUGCCCAAGGUGGCCUGCACAGGCUGGAAAAUGUGGCUGCGAGCCAUGCUGGGCCUGCCUAAGCCCCGGGACCCUUUCCUCGCACACAGCCACAAGGAAUCAGGCCUGGGGGACCUCUCCCAGAAAUACUCCGAAAAGCAAGCCACAAAGCUCAUGACUCGCCGAACCAUGUUCAAGUUCACGUUCGUUCGGAACCCGUACGUUCGGAUUGCUUCGACGUACAUGAACAAGCUCGUGAUCACCGAUGCUCCGGAGAGGAAGGAGGGGUGGGGCACGAGAAAGUUUUGGAACCAGGAGUUUUUUGGGACGGCAAAGAGGAUUUUGGAUUUGUUGAAGGAUCCGGCGACGGAUCUUGUGAGCUUUCCGGAUUUCAUUCGGCUGCUGGAUCAUCUGAGGCGGACGCGUGUCAAGACAGACCGGCACAUUUCAAGGCAGGUGGACAUCUGUGGCUUGGCGCACGUCCAGUAUGACUUUGUGGGUCGCUUCGAGCAUUUGGAGGAGGAUGUGAGGCAGGUUACAGCAAGGUUCAACGACUCGCAUCUUGACAUUUUCAACUUUGGCAAGUCGGUGCAUGCGACGAAUUCCGAGGCGCAGCUUGCCCGGCUUUAUGACAGGGAUACGGUGCUGACAGUGUCUCGCAUAUUCAAGAGUGAUCUCAAUGUUCCGCUCAACAUCACAUACGACACGCCAGAUAUUCUGCGGAAACUUGUGGAAGGCGGUGCAGGAUCUACUCAGCACAGCUAUUUCCGAGGCAUCUGUUAUCCAUCUAAAAUGGCUGCUCUCGCGAACGCCGCUGUGCUCCCGUCCACCUUCGUCGGUCAGAGCGCGGAGCUCGCCGCCAAGGUGAACAAUGUGGAGGCCCGCGUGACGAUGAGGAAGACCGCCAAGGCGGCUUCCAGCAGCGCCUUCUACGGCCCCGACCGCAACCUGUUCCUGGGCCCGUUCAGCUCGCCGCCGUCGUACCUGACCGGCGAGUACGCCGGCGACUACGGGUGGGACACGGCGGGUCUGUCGGCCGACCCCGAGACGUUCGCGAAGAACCGCGAGCUGGAGGUGAUCCACGCUCGCUGGGCUCUGCUCGGCGCGCUCGGCUGCCUCACUCCCGAGCUCCUCGCCGGCAACGGCGUGAACUUCGGCGAGGCUGUGUGGUUCAAGGCCGGCGCGCAGAUCUUCUCCGAGGGUGGCCUUGAUUACCUCGGCAACCCCAGCCUGAUCCACGCGCAGUCCAUCCUGGCCAUCUGGGCGACGCAGGUGAUUCUGAUGGGAGCCGUUGAGAGCUACCGCGUGGGUGGCCUUGAGGGCUUCCAAGAGGUUGAGGACCCCCUGUACCCCGGCGGUGCCUUCGACCCCCUGGGUCUGGCCGACGACCCCGACGCGCUCGCCGAGCUGAAGGUUAAGGAGCUGAAGAAUGGCCGCCUCGCCAUGGUGUCCAUGUUCGGGUUCUUCGUGCAGGCCAUCGUGACCGGCAAGGGCCCCCUGGAGAACCUCUCGGACCACCUGGCCAACCCCACCGUCAACAACGCCUGGGCCUACGCCACCAACUUCACCCCCGGCGCUUAG